AUGGCGGCGGCGGCGGCGGCGGCGGAGGAGGAGGAGGAGGCGGCCAGAGCCAGCGCCGAGAUCCCCAUUGAGCGCCCUCGCCGGCGCGCAGCCGAGGCCGGAACCCGAGGCCCGCGGAAGGGGGGCCCGGCCGGACAGGAUGGCCAGGGACACGCACGCGCCCGACUGCCGCCCGCCCGCUCGCUCUUUCUCGCGCGCGCACGCGCGUCCCUCCAGCCGCCUUCCUUCCGCGAAGCCCUCGGCGCGCGCCUGCGCAUUCGGCGCACUGGCCCGUGGGGGUGGGGUUGUGGAGGGGUGGGGCCCGCGCGCGCGCGCACCCCCUCUGGCCCGAUCCUCCAAUCCCGGAGCGGCCCGAGCAGCGCCGCCCGCCGCACAAUGCCCUUCGCGGGGGCGCGCCUCGAGGAGGGGGGCGUGACCGACGGCGCGCGCGCACGCUCCGACGCGUUCCUUUCCUUUCUUUCUCGCCCCCCCCCCCACUUUUCAACGCCCCGCUCUCGGACGGUCUGCAGAGUGGUGGUCGUAAAACGAACUCCCGGAGAAGUCCCGUCGUUACAACGAUGCUUUCCAGAGCCUGAUCUCCUAAGCAUCCCUUUUCCUCUUUUAACAGCCCGUCUUUGUCACGCUGGGGAAGAAACCACCAAAAUAUCCCACCAAGGAGUUCCAUCAGAUAGACUGCGCCUACACAAGGAGGUUCCACCUGCAGAACCAGAAAUUUUGAAUGAGAUGAACUGUAAUGUAUCUUUAAAAGUUUUGGCGGGAAAAUAGCACGUUGCUGAUUGGUUGAAGCCUCCGGCUAAACUGUAUAUAAAGAGAGGUUUUUCUCAGCACUGGCUGCUGGGUUCACCAUAUAGUAAAGAGCUGUUGUCACUA